UUGAUUACGGCAGUAUUUGACAGGCGGGCGGGCAAUUUGUAAACAGAUGUAAACAGAGCGUAGUGCUACUGUUAGAGGUUGAUUUGUUCCUCAUAAAGCUUUUAAUGAGUGACGUUUGAUGCUUUAGCUUAUUUUUCAUUAUUUGAUUUAUCGGGAGUAGAGUUAGUCAACCGGUGACCACUUUUUAGCUCUUUGUAAAAGUUUUUGGAGCGGAUAGCAUGGCUGUAGCUAGCCAUGUAAGCUAACAUGCUAACACAGCGGAGAAACGGCAGCAGGCUGCUUCAUGUGAGAGCGGCUCGGCAUGCUAGUGCAUCUCCUCGGGAGACAUUUGCUUCUUCGAUCGGGACUACGCCGGCUAGGGAUCCAACAGAGGUGUUUCUGUGCGACGCAGAGUGACCGGGGUCCGGACAACCCGCAGCAGGCAGACAUGAUCCGAAACCGGGCUCAGAUCAAGCGCGUCCUCUGCGUAGCCGAGAAGAACGAUGCAGCCAAAGGCAUCUCGGAGAUCAUGUCCAGCGGCAGGUCCAGGAGGAGGGAAGGGAUGUCAAAGUUCAAUAAAAUCUAUGAGUAUGAGUAUCAUCUCUUUGGUCAGAAUGUGACAGUAACAAUGACAUCAGUAUCAGGCCAUUUACUGGGUCUGGAGUUUAAAGCGCCGUUCCAGAAAUGGCACAGUUGCAAUCCCGUGCUGUUAUUUGAUGCUGAGGUGGAGAAGUAUUGUCCAGAUAACAUGCUACAAAUCAAGCGGACACUAGAGAAAGAGGUGAGGCAGUGCCAGGCCUUAGUCAUCUGGACUGAUUGUGACAGAGAGGGAGAAAACAUCGGCUUUGAAAUCAUAGAUGUCUGCAAAGCAGUAAAGCCCAAUUUACAAGUCUUUCGAGCAAAGUUUUCUGAGAUCACCCCCAGCUCCAUUCGGAGAGCCAGUGAGACUCUAACAGCGCCAGAUGCUAACAUCAGUGAUGCUGUCGACGUCCGUCAGGAGCUGGACCUGCGGAUAGGUGCGUCCUUCACUCGGUUCCAGACGCUUCGCCUGCAGAAGAUCUUUCCAGAGUCUCUGGCCAAUCAGCUGAUCUCGUACGGCAGCUGUCAGUUUCCCACUCUGGGCUUUGUGGUGGAGCGCUUCAAAGCCAUCCAGGCUUUCAUACCUGAGACUUUCUAUAAGAUCAAAGUGCUGCAUGAGGUGGAGGAGGACACUGUAGAGUUCAGCUGGAAAAGAAACCGCCUCUUCAACCACACAGCUUGCCUGGUGCUCUACCAGAUAUGCAUGGAGGAUCCCAUAGCAACAGUCACCUCAGUAACCAGCAAACCCAAGAGCAAGUGGAGACCGCUGCCUUUGGACACAGUGGAACUGGAAAAGCUGGCAUCUCGUAAGCUACGAAUAAAUGCCAAAGAGACCAUGAAAAUUGCAGAAAAGCUCUAUACCCAAGGGUAUAUCAGCUACCCCCGUACAGAGACAAAUAUUUUUCCUGCAAACCUGGCUCUCGGCCCCCUGGUAGAGCAACAGACACAAAGCCCGGUCUGGGGGACGUUCGCCCAGCGGGUAAUGGACCAGCCUGGGGGUCCCAACCCGCGGCAGGGCAAGAAAUCUGACCAAGCCCACCCCCCCAUACACCCCACCAAGUACUCCAAUACACUACAGGGCAAUGAAGGUCGCGUGUAUGAGUUCAUUGUCCGGCACUUCUUGGCUUGCGUAUCCCAGGAUGCUUUGGGGAACGAGACUGUGGUGGAAAUAGACAUCGCCCAGGAGAAGUUCUCCACCUCGGGACUCAUGAUCCUUGCAAGAAACUACCUGGAUGUUUACCCAUAUGACAGGUGGAGCUCCAAGCUGAUUCCAGUGUAUGAGCAAGGCUCCCAGUUCCAGCCCAGCGCUAUCGAGAUGGUGGACGGACAGACGAGUCCUCCGCAGCUGCUCACUGAAGCUGACCUCAUAUCACUGAUGGAGAAGCACGGCAUUGGCACAGAUGCAACCCACGCAGAGCAUAUCGAGACUAUAAAGAGUCGCAUGUAUGUGGGCUUGACAGCUGACCAGAGGUUUCUCCCUGGAGAGCUCGGCAUGGGACUGGUGGAGGGGUACAACUCCAUGGGCUAUGAGAUGUCCAAACCAAACCUGCGUGCUGAAUUGGAGGCUGACCUCAAGCUGGUAUCAGAGGGCAGGAAGGACAAACACAGCGUGCUGCAGCACUACAUCCAGAAAUACAAGACUGUCUUCAUUGAAUCCGCCAAGAAGGCAAAAAAGCUAGAUGAAGCUCUGUCGCCAUAUCUGGGUGCAGCUCAGCAGAUCACCGAGGCAGAGCAGCAGGACAUGGAGAUCCCGCUGCCGGUCAGGAAGUGCCCUCACUGUGGGCGGGACAUGGUGCUGAAGAAGAAGAGGGAGGGUAACAGUAAGUACCUAUCCUGCGUGGGCUACCCAGCCUGUAAGACCGCAGUGUGGUUCCCCGACACGGUGCUGGAGGUCAGCAGAGAUGACAGCAUUUGUCCCACCUGUCAGCCGCACCCUGUUCACAUGUUGAAGUUCACGUUUCGCAGGGGCAGCCUCCCUCCCAUGAUGCCUUUAGAGUUUGUUGGCUGCAUCGGUGGAUGUGACGAGACGCUAAGAGAGGUGCUGGACCUGAAAUAUCUCAGAGCAGGGGGAGUGGGAGGCGGUGGAGGAGGUGGAGGAAGAGGAGAGGGCCCUCGUCCACCAGGUCCAAGGCCACCCAGACCAGAGCCACCCAGAGCCCCAAGAUCAAAUCCUCAACCUUCCCUUCCUCCUGUCCCCUCCUGGAACCCCCAGCCACGACCUCCACCGGGUGGCGGUCCAGACACCAACAGUGAUGUCAUUGUGUGUAACUGUGGUCAGGAUGCCCUCCUCCUGACCGUGCGCAAAGAUGGCCCCAACCAAGGUCGCCAGUUUUACAAGUGCAACGCUGGGAGCUGCAACUUCUUUCUUUGGGCAGAUCAGCCAAGUCAGCAGGGGGCACCCCAGAGUCGAGGGCUUCCGCUGCAACCACCACAGACUUACCAGCCUCCGAGGCCCUCUCUGGGGUUCAGGGACAACUCUGGAGGAGGUAGGGGGCAGGAAGGGGGCUCAGGAGGACAUGUGGGACACACGAUGUGUAACUGUAAUGAGACAGCGGUGACGCGCACUGUUCAGAAGGACGGACCAAACAAGGGCCGGAUGUUCCACACCUGCGGGAAACCAAGAGACCAACAGUGUGGCUUCUUCCAGUGGGCUGAUGAGAACGAACCUCCACCAG